CUUCCGGGUUAAGCUGAAAACUGGGCUAUGGUAAAAGAAUCGGCUCUUCUCAGGCUACAUCAGGAGAUAGUGCUUAUUCGCAUGAUUUUGCUCACAUUUUGAGUUGCUUUUAUAUGACAGCUUUGCUCAAUGAGACUUCAGAAUAACAGUUCAUAGGUAUAAUAUGUGCAAUACUGCCAUAAUGGGACAUUAGAGGGGUUAUAAAUGUCCUGUCAAAGCUAUAUGCUGGUUAUCUUUGAAGCUCCUUGACAGCUCUGAAUUUUUAUAUUGGUUAAUAUAACAUAUUUAUUCCAAAAAGGUAAACAGUCGUAGUUACCAUAUAUAUUUCUAGGUUUUGUUGCCCUGAUCUGUGGUAUUCCCUUUAAUUGCUUCGAAGAAACGUUUCUUUCAAAAUGUAUCUACGGCACCAAUUAAGAAGCUAAGUGUUACAACCAGCAAUAUCACUUAUUUUUCUGAACUUUCUAAAUAAUUUAUGGCAAAAAACGAGGAAUAGUUAAUUGACACUCGGGGCCAAAAGUGUGGAAACACAAUUUUUAUAGAUCGCAAAACUUCAUCCAACUGUUGUUCCGGUUAUUUAUUCGUCCAAUAUAUGACAUUUGUAAACACCCUUUUUAAAUAUUUAUAAACAUUACCUCCAGUAUUCGUGUAGUAAUUUUUAAAGCGUAAUGCUGAGUGUUUCCACAAUUUUGAACACUAGUGUAUUUUCUAUAUACUAUUUUUUUUAGUGUGCAUCACGUUUAAAAUAGUCCUUUACAUAUUUUGCAGCAUCAUGUGUGUCAUGACUAGUAACAAAUGCUAAAGUUGGUUGUUUAACGUGUUUGUCUGUUGUCGUUUGUAUCUGCUAAUCCUGUUUGUUAGAAGAUGACCUGACUCUUUGGGAUUUUCAUAUCAGCACACAACACAAGGGUGGAUCUCCUGCUUACUCACGGCAAACUCCAGUGGCCUGUAGUACGAAGCGGGGUUACCGGCUUAUCGGGGUAACUUGUCGGAUUUAAGGUAGUCUGGGCAAAAUGUAAGUGAACGAAUAUGAAGUCCGUUUAAACUGUGGUACCUUAAAUCCGACAAGUUACCCCGAUAAGCCAAUAACCCCGCGUCCUAGUGCAGGUCACUAGUGUCCAUCAUACUCACCCACGUUGUCAGCCUCCUUGCAGGAUCACUCGUUGUUUUGGCAUUAUCCUGUAUUUAUUUUUGCAAAUUCAUUUUUUAAGAAUUCUUGAGGUAGCCAAUGUCAAGAUGAACUUGUUGCUGCUUAAAGAACCGAAAGAAGAUGAUUCUGGUCCUGAUCCUUACAUCAAGGAGCUGGAGUUGUGUGGACACAAAGCUACAUUGAUUCCAGUUUUGUCUUUCACGUUUGUGUCCCUCGAGACACUGUGUCAGAAGCUUCUUCAGCCUGAGAAGUACGGAGGCCUUAUUUUUACCAGUCCCAGGACAGUGGAGGCUGCCAGAGCGUGUUUGGAAGCUCACAGUAAAAUGGAGGAGUGGGACGCCUCGGUGAAGGACAGAUGGAACGUGAGGCUUGUCUACGUUGUCGGGAAGGCCACGGCUGCCUUGGUGAGGAGCUUGGGGCUGCUCCCGCAGGGUGAAGAUUCCGGAACGGCGUCUGUGCUCUCGCAGUUUAUCCUGGAAAAUGCAGCAGACGAACCCCAGAAAUCACCCUUCCUCUUUCCCUGUGGCUCAAUCAAAAGAGAAGUCCUGCCUACCACUUUGAGAGAACAUGAUCUCGUUCUGCUAAUGCAUUUUCCCGUUGUUUGUGCAUGUUCAGACUUUUGUGGCGGUAAGCACGGGCCAGCCAAUCGUGACGUGAUGCAUGUCCUGCCUGUCGCCUCUAGGGGUGCCCCUGGAAACACUGACCGUCUAUCAGACGGCCCAGCAUCCGGACCUGGAGAGAAAACUGACAGACUAUUUCUCGGAGAAGGGUGUUCCAGCGAGCGUGGCCUUCUUCAGCCCGUCGGGAGUCCGCUUUUGCUUGGAGACGGUGCGCAGGCUGUCGGGGCCCGACCUGAGCCGGAUAAAGUUUGCCGCCAUUGGACCCACCACGGCCGAUGCCAUGGUCGCGGAAGGUCUGACGGUCAGCUGCACCGCGGAGAAGCCGACAGCCCAGCACCUGGCUCAAGGAAUCGCGCAAGUCCUACAGUGACCACCGUGGCCACUCAUCCCUGCAAGACAAAUCAUCCCAUGUCCAAAACGCAUGUCACCCGACACCAGUGACACUGAACGUUUGCUACAAAUAUUGCCAUGCCAAGGAUUUUGUUAACGAGGCAAAAGUAUCCUACUAAUGCAAUGCAUAUUGUAACAUCGAUAUUGCAAGUAAAUAUUUUUCUGACGCAUUAUGCCGACGCAAUAUGUUUGAUCUUUGUAAAGUGUACUGAUAUGUAAUAAAUGACGCAGUUUUAACGUG